GUUGGUUUAGGUCUUGCCUCCAACCCAUAGGUGCCCUCACACCUAAAUCCGCCUAUAAGUGCAACCAAUACUAAAUUAGUCGCAAAUCUACAACCAAAAGCACAAUCAAAAUUAGUUGGACUUGGACGCAAUAUACGACCAUUCUGCUACUAACAAUGUGUUGGUCACAAAUUGGUAAAAAUUGCAAUGAACAAUCUGCGAUCGAAAAAAUUAUUAAUCUUUUAUUUUUGACGUGACCUAUGAUUAAGUGUUAAAGUGCUAACCAAACUUUUAGAAAUAAAAAAUAAUUCCAAAUUUUAAAAAAAAAUUAUUUAUCACCCAUAAAAAGACAAAAAUUCAAUGUUAUCACAUUAAAUUUUUCAAAAAUAAAUAAAGAAAACAAAUAACACAAGAUAAAAAAGAAACAUAAGAAAAUCUCACUAUUUAUAUGCGCUCAUCAUCAUCAUUCUUUCCUAUCUUCACUCCCCUCUGAUUCGAAAUUCCAACUUCCAACCGUCUCCUCUAUUUCUUUCUUUCUCUCCACAAUCAUGGAGUCCCACCCAAAACCCCUCAAAAUAGAAAACAUAAGGGCAAUCAAAAUCCUCGGAAAAGGUGCAACGGGCACCUUAUUUUUAGCUCAUGAUCGGACCACCGACCCGGAAUGCACUUCCCCUUUCGCUUUAAAAGUAGUCGAAAAAUCUCUCUUCCAUCACAAACAACACAGCGCCGUACAUCGUGCGAGGUGGGAAUUGUCCGUUUUAUCCUCCGUCAACCACCACCCUUAUCUCCCUACCUUAUUGGGCUCUUUUGAAAUCGACGAGUUAAUUGGCUGGGCCAUCCCAUUUUGUCCCGGCGGUGAUCUUAACACUCUCCGUUAUCAUCAAAACGACCGUGUUUUCAGCUCCUCUGCAAUUAAAUUUUACCUAGCUCAGAUCGUCUGUGCGCUUGCCCACCUUCAUAGUAUGGGGAUUGCUUACCGUGAUUUGAAACCAGAAAAUGUACUUGUUCAAAGCUCAGGUCACGUGACUCUCACGGACUUUGAUCUUUCAUGUAGACUUAAGGAGCAUGGCAUUAUUCCGUUUCGUGAACUUAAACCCGCUCUACCUUUUAGACGGAAUAACUUGACCCGAAUCAUAAAAUACGGGUCAAUGGCGAAAACAGCUCGGGUUUCCCCUAGGAGAGUGAGUUUCGCUGAUGGAAAACGCUCGAAUUCGUUUGUGGGGACGGAAGAAUACGUUUCACCGGAGGUGGUUAGAGGGGAGGGACACGAAUUUGGGGUUGAUUGGUGGGCGUUAGGGGUUUUGGCGUAUGAAAUGUUGUAUGGUACGACGCCGUUUCAAGGAAAAAAUCGGAAAGAAACAUAUCGAAACGUAUUGACUAAACGGCCGGAGUUUCUAGGGAAACGGACGGUUUUGAUUGAUUUGAUUGAACGGUUAUUGGAGAAAGAUCCGAAUAAACGAUUGGGUCAUUUUAAAGGGGCGGAGGAAAUUAAAGAGCAUGAGUUUUUUAAAGGCUUGAGGUGGGACCUACUAAUGGAGGUUGAACGGCCGCCGUUUGUUCCAAAGUCAGUUGAGGUGUAUUUAAGUCAUUUAACAAAGAAUGUAACGUUUGAUGUAAGAGAAUAUUUUCGUAUGUUGAAGGUACCGCAUCCGCCGUCACCCCGGCGAACCUUGGAAUCAUUAAUGAAAGAUGACGUUGACGCUUUAUUAACGGAAUUCUAAUGAAUUUUGUGUAGAGUUUCUGUGUAUGGUAUUCACAAAAAUAUUAUAGUAAUUAUUUUUGUUUUUCUUGAAGGGAAGUUUUUUUGAUAUAUAAACUGAGGUAAAAUAGAAACACAAAUAAAAAGGUUUGUAAAUCAAACUUAAGAGUCUAGAGCUUAUUUGCAAAAGUAACAUACAAAAUGCACUUUAAAUCGAGAUGAAACUCAAAUCUCUUGUAUAUGUAUACUGAAUAUAGAUUCAAAUUGUAACAUAAGAAUUUUAGGGUAGUUUAGGAAAUGUAAUUAUCGGUGAUCAUAUGUUUAUACUUGAAUAAUGAAUAGUAGCUUUGUCAUGUGAUGUGCACAUGAAUUAUUUUGUAUAAUA